AAACAGAAGGAGUGGAAACAGCCCAGUACUACCGUAGAGUUCAUUCACAAACAGACUGCACAGAAACAGGUACAUGGGUUCAUGGAAGCUCCUGGCCAUCUGUCAUCCUCUGCAGUAUCACACACAAAUGACGUACGGUAGAGUGGUUCAGUUCACUGCGGUGACGUGGCUGUUUCCUUUCCUCUCAGUAGUUAUUGUGAUAUCGCUGAGUUCACCUUUACAUCUGUGUGGAAACAUCAUUGAUAAAAUCUACUGUAAUAAUUAUUCUAUCGUUAAACUGUCCUGUUCUGACACCACAGUCAAUAACAUCUAUGGACUCAUGAAUCUGUUCAUUACCAUAUGUGUUCCUGUCAUGUUAAUCCUCUACACCUACAUGAGGAUCCUUAAAGUGUGUUUUUCUGGAUCUAAACAGACCAGACAUAAAGCUGUCAGUACCUGUACACCUCACCUGGCUUCAAUAUUAAACUUUGCCUUUGGUUGUUGUUUUGAAAUCAUUCAGAGCAGGUUUAAUAUGAACCAUGUUCCACAUAUGUUGAGGAUAUUUUUAUCAGUGUACUUUAUAACCCUUCAACCAAUAUUUAACCCUCUGGUUUUUGGACUGAAAAUGUCCAAAAUACGCCUCGUAUGUAGUAAUGUGCUCUGUGGUAAACGUCAUUUAGACUUAAUUUAG